AUGAAUGCCGACAUAAAAUUUUCAAAUAAUGAGUGUGAUGAGGUAGAAAUUGAUAAGGAGAUUGGAGGUGAUGAAACAAUUGAAGAACCUACGGUUGGAAUGCAAUUUUCAUCUGUAGAAGAAGUGCAUGCUUAUUAUAUGAAGUAUGGUAAGAAGAAAGGGUUUGGGGUAUCCAAAAAGAAUAUUAGACAGGAUGACGAUGGGACAGUAAGAUGGUUUUGCUUGGCAUGCUCGCGAGGAGGCACAUUGAAGAGUACGGUUGCCAAUGUUAUGAAACCAAGACAAACUGUAAAGAUGGGAUGUAAGGCUAGAAUUAAUGCGGUAUUAAAUGUUGAAGGUGGAUAUACUAUAUCUAAGGUGAUAUUGGAUCACACCCAUGCCUGUAGUCCGGGGAAGGCAAGACAUUUCAGAUGCUUUAAGAAGGUUGAUGCUCGUGUUGCUAAGAGGCUUGAAAUAAAUGACGAGGCAGGUAUAAGGUUGUCCAAAAAUUUUAAGUCUUUGGUUGUUGAGGCGGGAGGUUAUGAGAAUGUAACAUUCGGGGAGAAGGAGUGUCGAAACUACAUUGACAAAGCACGACGACUUCGCCUCGGGGUUGGAGGUGGUGUAGCUCUAUGUAACUAUUUCGAAGAUAUGCAAAAAAGAAAUCCGGAGUUUUAUUAUAAGAUUGACAUUGACAAUGAGAUGCGGUUAAAGAAUGUGUUUUGGGCAGACUUCCGGAGUAGAGCUGUGUAUGAAUCAUUCGGGGAUGUGAUUACAUUUGAUACAACAUAUCUCAUUAAUGCGUAUAAAAUGCCUUUUGCACCGUUUGUGGGUGUGAACCACCAUGGACAGUCAAUCCUACUCGGUUGCAGAUUGAUAUCCAAUGAGGACGCAAAUACAUUUGAGUGGUUGUUUCAGUCAUGGUUGCAGUGUAUGAAUAACCAACCGCCAAAUGCAAUCAUCACAGACCAAGACAAGGCCAUGAAAAUUUCAAUAUCGAGGGUGUUUCCAACUUCUAGACAUCGAUUCUGCUUGUGGCAUAUAAUGAAAAAACUUCUUGAGAAAUUUGGCUAA